ACUUCCUGCGCAGUGAGCAAACUUCCGGUGCAGAGGUGAGAGCCCUUCCGGAGCGGCGGCAGCUGCAAGCAGCCGGCGGCAGCGCCAUGACGACCCUGCGCGCCUUCACCUGCGAUGAUCUGUUCCGCUUCAACAAUAUCAACCUGGACCCGCUGACCGAGACCUACGGGAUCCCUUUCUACCUUCAGUACCUGGCGCAUUGGCCCGAGUACUUCAUUGUGGCCGAGGCGCCUGGCGGGGAGCUGAUGGGAUACAUCAUGGGUAAGGCAGAGGGCUCUGUGGCCAGGGAGGAGUGGCACGGGCAUGUUACUGCUCUCUCUGUGGCACCAGAAUUUCGUCGGCUGGGUUUGGCUGCUAAAUUGAUGGAGCUGCUGGAAGAAAUUUCAGAAAAAAAGGGUGGAUUUUUUGUUGAUCUGUUUGUGAGGGUGUCAAACCAGGUGGCAGUCAAUAUGUACAAGCAGCUGGGCUACAGCGUGUACCGCACCGUGCUGGAGUACUACUCUGCUAGCAGCGGGGAGCCAGAUGAAGAUGCUUAUGAUAUGAGAAAAGCUCUUUCCAGAGAUAUGGAGAAGAAAUCAAUUAUACCUCUGCCUCAUCCUGUGAGACCAGAGGACAUUGAGUAACUGUAAGCUGUGAUUCUCAGGCAACUUAUUAAGAGUGUCAGGUUCCUUCUCCCCUUUCCAAGAAUUCACAGAUAAGAACCCUUACACUCAAUGUUUUUCCCCAUGAAAUAUCAAAAAGCAAUACUGAGAAUCUUACUAAUGCUGCUUCUGUUGGCAAUGACUGCAUACUCCUGCACUUCACAGUCUCACAGAAUGUUAAGGGCUGGAAAGGACCCAUCAUUUUUUUUUUUAAAUAUCAGCAGUUCAGAGAUUAUUAAAAUGGAAUUACCCCCUG